GAGCGGAUCACCUCCUCGUCUGGAGGACGGUUUCCUCGCAACAAGUCGCAUGGCCAACCAUUCACGGCGACAACUUCCUUCGCCCCUCGCAGCGGGGCAGCCAUGUGUACCACACUGCACAUCUAGCAGCUCAGCGCAACGUUCCCAGUCUCCGCCGCCUACGCGUGCUAGCUACGACUAACAACUGAGGAGAGCUAGUGCCGUGGCGUACUUAUGGUAGCGAGCAUGGCGAGGCUUGUGCUGCCGGCGGCGUGCGCCAUGGCGACUGCGGCGGUGUUGCUGGCCGUGGCGGCGCCCGCGGACGGCAGCGUGGUGGAGUCCAUCAUCACGCAGGACGUGUACAGCGCCAUGCUGCCCAACCUCCACAACUCCUCCUGCCCAGCCAGCGGGUUCUACACAUACGACGCCUUCAUCCAGGCCGCCGCCUUCUUCCCCGGCUUCGGCACCACCGGCGGCGGCGACGAGUACAACAGGCGCGAGCUCGCCGCCUUCUUCGGCCAGACCUCCCACGAGACCACCGGUGGCACGAGGGGCGCCGCCGACCAGUUCCAGUGGGGGUACUGCUUCAAGGAAGAGGUCAGCAAGUCCACCUCUCCUCCCGACUACGGACGGGGACCGAUUCUCUUGACAGGAUGCGUUGAAGGAGCUGCGUGCCUGGUCUGCUCCUCGAACGGCAGGAAAGUUGCCACUCGCCACCGAGCCGCUGCUGCAAGAACAGCAGCUGUGCCAGCAACGCCGCUCUGCACGGCACAGGCUUUGCGGCGGAUGAAGGCGAAGGCGGCGGCGAUGGGAGGACAUGAAGAAAGAUACAGGCUCUAUACAGGAGCUCUCGGCUCUGUCCGGAGCUAAUGCAUCUAGCCGAGCCGAGCUGCAGCGUUUGACGAAGGGUGGAGCCGAGAAAAGCCUUGCCGUCUGAUCCGUUCCGUGCCCACGAAACAAUAUUUGGGGGCGGGUCCUCACCGGAUGCACUUUGGGGGUUGUCCCUACCCAAUUUUUUUUCCAAUAAGCCCAAUUUUUUUUUUUGCAAGCCACAAAUUACAGGAGCAAGAGGUACAGUUGGGCACCACCAAAAAAAUAGAAAACACGACACACAGCGAGCAGAAGGGACGUCUCAAGUUUUACAAGAUUUGCUGACAAACAUGGUAAAGAAAAGCUCUACUACUCUAUUACAAUUAUCAGUGGGGGAGAAAUUCUCUAUAAAUUUUUUAGUGAUGUCUCCGCGUUAGAGAUGCAAAUUUAGCUACAUGGAUGUCUGCCGUCUCUAUUUUGCCUUUUUUAAAUAGUGGAAGUUUUGUACUUCCUCCAUAUUGUAAUGGAUGUCGUUUCGGAUUAAAGUGUAAAAUAUUUAACUUAUGAUAAAUUCAAAAUGACUUCCUUUAUA